UUCUCCCUCCCUAUAUUAAGGAGGACGUCCUGCCUUCUGAUGUAACCGUUAACCUGUCUCUCUCCCCGGCUGCACUGAGCCUCACACACCGGACAGCACGGACUGAUGAUGGAGGAGGACCAGCGGUGACUUCCACCUGCAGCAGCCGGACUGAGAGGCUUCCUCUCCGGGGAGUGAACGCUCUGUGUGAGGGGGAGAACAGCCCGGACACCCCGCUGUGAAGAACAUACACAGCUCCACGGAGGCUCGUCUGCACACAACGUUACAGACAGACCAGCUGAGAUGAUGCGUUCAAGGCUCCUGCAACGUGGACAUCCAGCUGAAUAACCUGCAGGAGGAAACCAUCGCUGGAGAUGGAUUGCAGGUGUGACUAACGAUGCCUCCUGUCCUCGCUGUCUGAACAUGCUGCUCGGGUAGCAAAGCCGACCGAGAGGAGCGUCUACCCUCUUACACUCCUUCCCCUCUGGAUACAAACACACACACAUACACACACACACACUCGGCUCAAUUCAAGCACAACCAUGCUGAUCAAGGAGUAUCGUAUCCCCAUGCCGAUGAGCGUGGAGGAGUACCGCAUCGCUCAGCUCUACAUGAUCCAGAAAAAGAGUCGAGAGGAGAGCUGCGGCGAGGGCAGCGGCGUGGAGAUCCUGGAGAACAAGCCUUACGAGGACGGACCCGGGGGCUCGGGUCAGUACACGCACAAAGUGUACCACAUCGGCAAACACAUCCCGUCCUGGUUCUGUGCCAUCCUGCCUCAGGCCGCCCUGCGAGUGGAGGAGGAGUCCUGGAACGCUUACCCUUACACACGGACCCGGUACACGUGUCCCUUCGUGGAGAAGUUCUCUAUCGACAUCGAGACCUAUUAUAAACCAGAUACCGGAAACCAGGGGGAUGUGUUCAACCUGUCCUCCGCUGAGAAGAGACAGAGGACCAUCGACCCCAUAGACAUCGUGAAGGACUACAUCGCUCCUCACGAGUACCUGGUGGAGGAGGACCCAAAGCUGUAUCAGUCUCUAAAAACCAAACGAGGUCCGCUGUCAGACGACUGGAUCGAGGAGAUCAACCAGAGUCCAAGUUGUCCCGUCAUGUGUGCUUACAAACUCUGCAAGGUGGAGUUCAGAUACUGGGGCAUGCAGUCCAAGAUUGAACGCUUCAUACACGACGUGGGUCUGCGUAAAGUGAUGGUCCGGGCUCACAGGCAGGCCUGGUGCUGGCAGGACGAGUGGUACGGUCUCACCAUCGAGGACAUCCGGCAGCUGGAGCUGGAGACGCAGCUCGCAUUAGCCAAGAAGAUGGCCCAGUACAGCCUGAACGAGGAAGGGGGACCAGAGACCAACGGCUCCUCUGUGAGCCAGGACCAGGAGCAGGGAGGCGACACGGGGGGGACGACCGCAGAGAUAGAAGGGGGAGGCGGGAAGCUGGGGGACUCAUUGGAGACUCGAGGGGAGCUCACCAAACAGUGGUCCACGUCCUCCAGGUCGUCCAACAGGUCGUCGAAGAGAGGAGGGAGUCCGUCUCAUCAGAGCAUCUCAGAGUGGAGGAUGCAGAGUAUCGCCAGAGACUCAGAGGACAGUACGGACGACGAGUUCUUUGACGCUCACGAGGACUUUUCAGACAACGAGGAGAUGUUCGCCAAAGAGAUCACCAAGUGGAGCUCCAACGACCUGAUGGACAAGAUCGAGACCAGCGAGGUGGACGAAGGACACGAGUCCUUGUAUCACGAGUCGGGUGGGGAGUACGCCGUGAUGAACGAGGAGAGGGUGAUGGAGGACUUAUCGUCUCAGCAGCGUCUCCAGCCGUCCAAAAUCCACGUCCUGGUCCUGGUCCUGCAUGGAGGAAACAUUCUGGACACUGGCUCAGGUGAACAGAACAGCAAACAGGGAGAUGGAAACACGCUGAGCGGAGCCUUCGAGACGGUGAUGAGGGUCCACUACCCCGCAGCUCUGGGCCGCAUCGCCAUCCGGAUGGUCCCCUGCCCUGCUGUGUGUGUCGACGCCUUCUCCCUCGUCUCAAACCUGAGUCCUUACAGCUACGAUGAAGGCUGCCUGUCCAGCAGUCAGGACCACAUCCCUCUGGCUGCUCUGCCACUGUUAGCCACCUCUGCUCCACAGUACCAGGACGCAGUGGCGACCGUCAUCCUCCGAGCCAACCAGGUGUACAGCGACUUCAUCAAGUCUUUAGAAGGAGCCACGUUUAACGGGCAGGUGUGUGUUAUCGGGGACUGUGUCGGGGGGAUCUUGGGGUUCGACGCUCUCUGCAGCAGCUCUGUGAUCGUUUCAGAAAGCCAGAACAGCAGCAGACGAGGCAGCGCCAUCAGUGUUCAGGACACAGACCUUCUCUCUCCAGGCAUCGUCAUAAACAGCGUCUCUCCCUCCUCCUCGCCGACCCUCGAAGGAAGCCGCCAUCUCAGCCGCAGCAACAUCGACAUCCCUCGCUGCUCGGGGCCCGACGACCCCAAGAGGCAACUCCCGCGCAAACGCAGCGACUCCUCCACAUAUGAGCUGGACACCAUCAAACAUCACCAAGCCUUCCUGUCCAGUCUUCACUCCAGCGUUCUCCACGGGGAGCCCGGAUCGCGGCGCUCCAGUAACAGCACCAUGCUGGAGGGAGGAUCUUUGGGGAAGUUUGACUUUGAGGUGAAUGACUUCUUCCUGUUCGGCUCUCCUCUGGGACUGGUGCUCGCUCUGAGGAAGACUGUGGUGCCCUCGUUAGACGUGUCCGCUCUGCGUCCGGCCUGUCAGCAGGUUUAUAACCUCUUCCACCCGGCUGAUCCCUCGGCCUCUCGUCUCGAGCCACUCCUGGACAAACGGUUCCACCAGCUGCCUCCCUUCAGCGUCCCUCGUUACCAGCGCUUUCCUCUGGGAGACGGAAACUCGGCUCUCUUGGUCGACACGGUUCAGAGUAACCCUCAGCUUCUGUUGGACUCGGUCGGUUCGGCGUAUCAGCGCUGUCAGGAAAACAGCAUCAACGAAACCUCCUUCCCUGUGCCGGUCCUCAACUGGCAGAGCUCACAGAUCCACACAGACACGGAUUCCCUUCACUCACACAUGUUCGUGGACGGUUCUUGCUCCACGUCGACAUCACCCGGAGUCCCUCACCUCCGAUCUAACCGCAGGGCGAGCGAGGCCAGCUUGGCCAGCCAGGUGUCGGGGUUAGCCGACUCUUACACCGCCUCCAACAUCGCCACCAUUGCCUCUCGGUGGUGGGGCAGUAAGAGGAUGGACUUCGCUCUGUACUGUCCAGACGCCCUGACGGCGUUCCCCACGGUGGCUCUGCCUCACCUCUUCCACGCCUCGUACUGGGAGUCCACAGACGUCGUCUCGUUCUUGCUCAGACAGGUGAUGAGACACGAGAACUCCAGUAUCUUAGAGCUAGAUGGGAAAGAAGUUUCUGAAUUCACUCCGUCCAAACCUCGAGAGAAGUGGCUCCGCAAGAGGACUCAUGUUAAAAUCAGGAACGUGACGGCGAACCAUCGUGUGAGUGACGCCGUGUUUACGGAGGACGGAGCUCAGAUGGUGAUGGGACGUUUCAUGUACGGCCCUCUGGACAUGGUCACACUCACUGGAGAGAAGAUUGACAUCCACAUCAUGACCCAGCCUCCCUCUGGAGAGUGGGUGUACUUUGACACAGAGCUCACCAACAGCAGUGGACGUAUCUCUUAUGUAAUCCCGGAGAGCAGGAGGCUGGGCAUCGGAGUGUAUCCUGUCAAAAUGGUGGUCAGGGGCGACCACACAUUUGCCGACAGCUACCUCUCUAUCGUACCGCGAGGAACAGAGUUUGUUGUCUUCAGUAUCGACGGCUCGUUUGCUGCCAGUGUGUCGAUAAUGGGCAGCGACCCAAAGGUCCGAGCUGGAGCUGUGGAUGUGGUGAGAUACUGGCAGGACCUGGGCUACAUGAUUGUGUAUGUAACGGGUCGCCCUGACAUGCAGAAGCAGCGUGUGGUGGCCUGGCUCUCUCAGCAUAACUUUCCUCACGGCGUCGUCUCGUUCUGUGACGGGCUGGUUCACGACCCUCUCCGACACAAGGCCAACUUCCUUAAAACUCUCAUCAACGAGGCCUACAUGAGGAUCUUUGCUGCCUACGGCUCCAACAAGGACAUCUCUGUGUACUCGUCUAUCGGCCUGCCUCCCUCCAACAUCUACAUCGUGGGAAGGCCGACCAAGAAGAUGCAGCACCUGUGUCAGUUCAUCCCAGACGGCUACGCCUCCCACCUCUCCCAGCUGGAAUACAACCAGAGGUCUCGUCCCGCCAAGUCCCCGAGCACCCGCAUGGUCCUCCGCAAGGGCAGCUUCGGUUUGAACGCCGCCGGGGGAGACUUCCUUCGCAAGCGUAACCACAUCUUUCGCACCAUCUCCUCUCAGCAGCCUGGAGGGUCAGGGCCUGCCUCCCCCAACCAGCUGGGGCGGACUGAGCGCACGCUGAGCCAGUGUGAGAUGGAGAGGGACCGAGGGGUCGCCGCGGCAGCUCAGAGGAGUAUGAGCAUAGCCGCGGGCUGCUGGGGCCGCAGCGGGAGCACCAAGGAGGGGAGCGGAGGUUUACACAGCCAUAAAUGAGACUCAGAAUGGAGCGGUGCGGUUUGAAGACCCAAGCCUAAGCCACCAUGAUCUCUGGACUGAUGAAGGAGAGGAGUGUGGAAGAGGAGAAGGAAUGGAUGCAGGGUUUGUAUAUUAAAAACAACUGGAAAGAAACAUUUACUGAUUGUAACGAGAAGAGCAAUCAGUCGUGGAGGAGUGGACUAUUCAGGCCGAGAGGGAUCCAGCGAACAAAAGACAGUUCUGUAGCAUGACUCUUUCAAGUAAUACUUUUAUAGGAGCAUCACUAAUUAUUCAAAAGACGACAAGGAAGGAUUAACUGAAAUAUUGUAAGCCUUAAAAGUAUCUCCUGUAAAGGGACAAACCUCCACCCCCCUCCAUCCAGACACACACACAGUCCUAGCAUCCACACUCAUGAGCUCAGGACAAACUGCAGACUCAUCGUCAGACAGUCGAGCACGGGUUUAAGGCCGCUUCAAACGGCAGCCAUGAUGAAAAGUCUAACUUCUGUUUCUGUUCCAUUGUCGACACAAAACUUCACCCAGCAACAACCGGCAAUAACUCAGAGGAAGGGGAGAGACACGAGGUACGAGUUCAUCCAAAUUACAAAGAGAGAUGUUUCUGAGUCACCUCUGAUCCUAACCGGCCUUACAGAUGGAUUUAAGUUAUUCUGGAUUUGAUCCGCCUGAGGUUACUCCCUUUGUCCAAAUCCACUACACAGAAAAAUAUUUCAAUUUAACAUUUAACUCAAGAAAUUAUGCCCCGCUAUAAGAAAUAGUAGAAAGGUAAAUCUAUUCAUGAUGUUAAUGUCCAAAAAUAUGAGUUUUUGUUGAACUCACGGUUGGAAUUCCAUGAUUUUAUACUCAAUUCAUGAUCCCCAGAGGAUAAUGAUUAAUAAUCUAACUUUUUAAAUCCCAACAUUUCCUGUAGGGCCAUAUGAGGUCUAAAUUUGAGCACCUUUUUGGCACAAUAUGGAAGAAAAUACUUCAUAGAUUUGCUAGGAAAUUGGGCUCAAACAAUCAUUGUCCCCAGAGGAUGAUGCCUAUUUAUUUAUUAUUGAUUUAGGAUUUGGUUCCCCUGUGAAUGUGCCAUCAUGAGGUCAACAAUUUUAGUUUUGUGUAUAAUAUGUAAGCAAAUAUUGGAUACAUUUGAAUGACAUUUGUUAGAGAGAUUCAUGGUACCCAAAGGAUAGACCAUCCCAAACUUUUAAAUAAAUGGGACUGUCAUCAGGUUACAUUUUUUAUGUAACCAAAGAGAUAUUCUGAAGUAUCUUGGCUGGAUUAGAGCCUGUGAUGGUGCCUUUGGGAUUCAAUUAAUUCAUGGACAUUCAUGAUUCCCAGAGGAUGAACUAAGGAGGAUACAUGCGUACUGAUGUCAGCCCUGGUCUGACUUGAGACGUGUUAUAAAAGAAGUCCUUUUGUAAUUUGGAUGAACUGACCGUUUCAAACCUCUGAGAGCUGCGUCUGAAUUCAUCAUCAGAAGGGAAAGAACCUUUUGUCUUAGUCUAAACACAGUUUAAUUCAUCGCUGUAUAUAACUCCAUACUCUUUGCAGGUUGCUCAUCCAGUAUCCAUUCCACCGUGUUGUUAUAUUUUGUAGUAUUUCCCCUUCAGUGUGGCCUCUGGGCCAUCAGAUCCAAGGCCUUAAUAUCCAACAAGACACUUUGUCUGCAGAUGGAACAGAGAGCAGGAAACAGGGCAUGCAGCAUUAAAGCAACAACUGAAACUUUGUACAGUCCUCAGCAACAAUCCCUUUAUACCGUCAUCUGCUUGCAAUACCUCUGAUCCACCUGUUGGUGGUGUUCUGUUUCCCACGUAUGCUGCUGCAGGGAGGAACUCCAGUUGUUCCCUGGCUUUUUGCUCUUUUUGCUCGCAGGGGAAGAAGAAGGAUGAACUUGUGUUUUCUGCAGAGGAGCUGGAUUCAUUUCUAGGCUGGACCCUGGGAGGGAGAGGAGGGAGGAUUUCCACAACGUUUUCACACACUGAGACUUGAUAAACAAUUUUUACCAAAUGGAAGAAGAGAGGACGAAAUUCAACAAACAUGUUGAAAAGACUGGACUGAUCUUUUUCAAGGUGAAUGUGGAGGUGCCCUGAUGAGAGCAAACUUCAUGUGUUGCUUUUAUCUACUGAGCUGUAUAUUUUCAUUCAAAGGGGACGUACAAAAGAAGCCACAUCUCAUCCAAACACACAAACCAUGUGCACAAAUAGUCAGGUUUUUUUAGUGCUGAUGCCAACCAAGCUCACUUUAGGGUUCACAGUUUAUAAGUCGGUCUUUAAAUACAGUUGUUUGUUUUUGUUUGCUUGCAGAAGACACUCAAGAUGUUUAUACUGAUGAUAAAUUGUUAACAUGCUUGCUGUGCUCUGAGAAGUCUACGUUAGUCUUGGGAAUCUUUCUCAAAUUUCAAUGUUUUAGAGAGAUGUUGGAAUAAAACAUUUGGACAAAAUCCACUCAGAGUGAAACGGAAGAUUAGGGCCACUGAAAACCUUUUUCUUGGAAGUAAGGCCUAUAAUAUAUAUUUUUAAAUCCUGAAUUAAUUCCCAGAAUUCUUAAAAAAAAAAUCAGAAUUUGGCAUUAUAGUUAGAAUUUAAAAAAAAGAGUCAGAUAUGGAUUCUCAAAUAUGUAGCAGGCUGAAACUUUGAGCCGUAUAAGAAGGAUAAAUUAUAUCAGAGCAGAAACCAGUUUGUCUUCUUUAUUUCCUGUUCUGCUUUUAGAGGCGUACCCCAAGGCUCCAUCCUGGGCCCCCUUUAGUUUUCAUUAUACUCAAAUCAGACUCCAAAUUACAUUUCUAUUCUUCAAAAAAAUCAAAAUCUACAGACUCUUUUAUGAUAUAUUCAUUAUGCUCUUAGCCAGCCUUAUGUUUGCAUGAGUCACAGUAAAGAAGAUCAUUCUUUUAUGUUUGGAUAAAUGCAAAUAAUGCUGAAUUGAAUGUCCACAGUUUGAACCUAACCCGUCUUCUACCAAGGACAAAUGACUGAAGCAAGCAAAACCUGUUUUUAAAGUUUAAAUCUGCAUCUCUCUUUUUGUUAGAGCUUAAAAUUGUGAACCUCUUCUUUAAACCCAUGAAAGCUUUCAGAGUAAAGGUCAGUGGAGCAGUUCUAACUCUGCUUCUCUUCAUUUUACUAUGCUGUUAUUUUAAUUCUUAGCUUCCACACAACACAGGAGUGUGUGUUUCUCCACUCUGUGUGUGAUCAGUCAAGUCUUCAACCCCACACAAAAAGCCAAAAUCAUUCUCUAAUACUGUAGUCAAUCAACUGUGUAACCUCAUUGUUGUUUUUUGCACUAGUUCUCGGUGGAGAUAUUCUGUUGUUAGCCUCUCAUGUGCCGCUGUAGUGCAUGACACUUUUUGUUCAUUUCAGGGUAAACUGUUUAUACAGGUACGCACAUGUCUGUACAUUUUGUCAGGAUAUGAAAAUAAUGUAAGUAAAUGUGCCAAACAGUAGAUGGUUACUGAAAAGUAUUUAGACCGGGGGUUUUCAAAAUCUGACACGGAGGGUUCCCAAACAUCCUCCCUCUUUUUAUUGUUGUUAAUAGUCUCACUCUAUUUGAUAGAUAAGCGUCUCAAUGUUGGGACUACAGUUCCCAUAAUGCUUUGGGAGAUGUAUAAAUGAAGUGACUGCAUGAUGAAUUACAAAUAAUAGGUUGCAGCUGGUUAUCUGCUCAUAAAAACACAGACAGCUGUCACUAGACGUCUUCUAAAAUGAAGGAACCUUUAAAUUUCACUGUUCUCAGGAAGGUUCUGAGGGUGUAAGAUGCACCGAUGUUUUAGUGUAAUUUUAAAGCAGAUUUGAGGACAUUUACUCAUGGACAUCGGUUUUACUACCGUCCUCUGCAAAUGGUGUGGUGGAUCCACUUUGUUUCAGAUGGAAACAUCAAUUAGAGUACAUCAAUUCAUCGUCUGCAAAAGAUGAAUCCUCACCACGCUUGUGAUCCUUUGAGUUCUCUAUCAGCACAGGCAGAGAAACAAACUCCCAUCAACAAUUUUCUGCAACAAGCUGAGCAACAAGAUCCCACGUUUACUACAGACUUCACAGGAGGAUGAAGAGCAAAGACGGUCUGCUCUUUGGUGUAACGGUUGGACGGAUGCAGGUUUGGGAAGCGACGGCAGCCUGUACAGCAAAGAGGAGGAGGCGGAGGAGAGACCAAAACGAACAGAGAAGACAACUGCAGAACAAACCAGUCGUCAUUACAUCCUCCGUUUCCCCAUACAUCAUCCUGCAGCCACCCACAACAAAGAAUCAAUCCCCUGUUCAAAGGCCAGCAGCUGCAUCUUGAAUUAAGUGGUGCAGUGCAAUGUUUACUGUAUUUCACCCUUGAAGAAGCAAGCACAAAGCAUUCUGGACACACAGCAAGGAGGACCAGUCUAGCAGGGUAGGUGUCACCGUACCUGAAACACGGCCCUGUGGUCCUCCAGAACCUGCUCCUCCAUCUCCACCAGCUGAGAGACGGCUUCAUGGAAGGUGAAGAGCUGCGGGGAAACCUCCUCCUCCUACAGAGAACAUUCACAGAGCAGCUUCAGGUCGUCUCUUUGAGGUGAGCUCCCGACUCCCCACUGAGCCUCCAGCACCUCCAGCUGGUUUAUGUGUCCUCCCUGACGGAUGUCCAUCGCGGCUGCAGGAUCCCCCGACAGCUCCUUCACCCUGAAAACACACCGGAGCUGCUCGUUUAAUGACUGCAGGGAGUAGGCGAGCUAAAGUAAAAGGAUCUGGAUGUGUUCACCUGCAGCUGUUUCCGACUUCGAUGAGUUUGAGGACGUCCUCCGUGCAUUUCACCUCCCUCUCAUGCAGCCCGACCACCUGCACCUGCUGCUUCCCGUCCUCCAGCACCCGUAACUUAGCUUUACGGUUUAGAAGGUCGAACACCUUUUAACACAAACACAGAUCUGUUCAGUGUUUCAUCCACUUCACUCUGUUCCCAGGAUUGUAUUUCAUUAUAAGCAACAGAUCACCCUAAAUCUCUCUUUCAGGCUUUCAAUCCUUAUUUUCUUAAUAUUCUAACGAUGUUUAGAAAUCUUAACGUUCCAAUUCAGCUUCUUAAUAAUCCACAUGAGGUACCUCCUCACUGUAAUCAGAGAUCAGUGCACUGUCAUCCCUUUAGAAGUAGCUGUUACACCUUCUGUCCACUAGAGGGCAUGCAACCAUAUCUGAAGUAUUUGGAAAAACCAACAGAUGCUGGCUUUUUUGCUCUGUAUUCAUAAAAAUACCAUUCAAAUUGUAUCUUUUUAAACCAUCACACUGAUAUUUAACACUUUCAUAUGUCUGUUUUUUUAACCCUUUCACUUUUAUCUUACUCUAACAGUUUGUCCAAACAGCUCAAACUUCUGCAGAGUGAAUGUAAGAGAAAGGAUGUCACUGAAGAGCAGAAUUAAUGACAUAAUGUAGUUUUCAUGAUGUUUGAUGCUAAGAUUUAAGUCAUGUAUCUGCUGAGUAGAUAAAAAGUGAGCAUCGUGAACUCCCUGCAUGUCAAGAACUUUAAGAAACCUGCCUUCCCGCUGUAAAUCUCAAAAAACGUGGCGAAGAUUUGGAGAUCCAGCUUCUUGUACGCUGGCUUCUUUAUCAUGAGGAAAACAUCUCGGGCUGCACAAAGAAACACGACAAGGAUUUAAAUGAAGUAAAUCAGGUAGAAAGAUCUGUGAGUUAAGAUGUUUAUGGGAGAAACUAACCUGACAGUGCAUAGAUCCCUUUGGAGCAGUCCUGGUUCUUCCCAGAGAAGUCUCCUCCCAUCGUCUGCAUGAGGAGAAUUGAGUUAUUAAAGAAGAUCGUAACAAACA